AUGAUGCCGAAACGUUCACGACUGGGUGACGUCCGCGGGCCGAUUUCGAACGGACCGAUGCAGUCCCGGCCGCUGGUGGCGCUGCUCGACGGGCGCGACUGCUCGAUCGAGAUGCCCAUCCUGAAGGAUGUGGCCACGGUUGCAUUCUGCGAUGCACAGAGCACAUCAGAGAUUCACGAAAAAGUAUUAAACGAAGCCGUUGGCGCGCUGAUGUGGCACACAAUCAUUCUGACGAAGGAGGAUCUGGAAAAGUUCAAAGCGCUCCGGAUAAUCGUCCGGAUUGGGAGCGGCGUCGACAACAUUGACGUGAAGGCAGCCGGCGAGCUCGGUAUCGCCGUGUGCAACGUGCCCGGCUACGGCGUGGAGGAAGUCGCCGACACGACGAUGUGCUUGAUCCUGAACCUGUACCGGCGGACCUACUGGCUGGCCAACAUGGUGCGAGAAGGCAAGAAAUUCACCGGCCCCGAGCAGGUUCGAGAUGCAGCGCAGGGAUGUGCCAGAAUACGCGGGGACACGCUCGGACUGGUUGGGCUGGGCCGCAUCGGCAGUGCCGUCGCGCUGCGAGCGAAAGUAUUCGGCUUCAACGUGAGCUUCUACGAUCCGUACCUGCCGGACGGGAUCGAGAAAUCGCUCGGGCUCAACCGCGUCUACACCCUGCAGGAGCUGCUGUUCCACUCCGAUUGCGUUUCGCUGCACUGUACAUUAAAUGAACAUAAUCAUCACCUUAUCAAUGAGUUUACGAUUAAACAGAUGAGACCCGGUGCAUUCCUGGUAAAUACGGCCCGCGGUGGCCUGGUCGAUGACGAGGCCCUUGCAAUCGCGCUGAAGCAGGGCCGAAUCCGGGCGGCAGCCCUAGACGUUCAUGAGAAUGAGCCAUAUAAUGUAUUUCAGGGUGCACUGAAGGACGCCCCGAAUCUGCUCUGCACGCCACACGCUGCCUUCUACAGCGAAGCGGCAACGACGGAACUGCGCGAAAUGGCGGCCAGCGAAAUCCGGCGGGCGAUCAUUGGCAAUAUACCGGAGUGUCUCCGAAACUGCGUGAACAAGGAGUACUUCCUGCGCUCGUCGACAGGCGGUGGAGCCGGCGGAUAUUCAGAAGCUGGUAUAAAUGGCGGCUAUUAUUCAGGUGGAUUACAGCAAGCCCAUAGUACAACACCGCUCGAGGCACCACACAGUGCAGGAUCGCAUGCGCCACCCAGCGGCGGCGGUCCCCCGCCACCGGCCGUUGCCGUACUACCGCCUGUUUCCGCUGUUACAGCGCCACCACCACAAGAGAUCGCUGCGAAGCUCUUGUCGGGAAACACAAUGUGAGCGGCAGCAGCGUGUGUGCGCGCAAGAACCGAAUAAUUGUGAGGUAAAAAUAGGCGAUGCCACGAAAGCGUGAAAUAAAACCCGGAAAAACGCGUAAAAGGAAGGCAGGGAGAGCGAGAGAAAAACAAAACGAAAAACACUAUUUCAAAAUCAAUGAAAAAUCAGCAAUUGUGAGCAGCGCGCGCGCUAGUAAGAAGUAAGUGAAAGGAACAAAAGUGCAAGCGCGGGUGGACACUUAUUCGAGGUAGAGGAUGGGGAAACGGGCACAUACACAAACACAAGAAAAGAAAAGAAAAAAAAGUGAAGCAAGAAAGGUUGGAAUAUAGACGUUAGCACUUAAGCAGUAAAGUAAGGAAAACGCUCGUGAAAAGAAGCAAAAAGGAGCAAUCAUCUGCGUAACCGAAAACACGGUGAGACGCUGAUGGAGGCGCGCGCAGCGGCACGGCGAAGUGAGGAACAAUUAAAAUUAUAAAAGCGUUUAAAAAAAAACACUAAAAAGAAGCGAAUGAAAAGUGGAUACAACAAAACAAAUUAAGGCAAAUAUUAUGGCGGAAACGCGCGCGCG